AUGAAGCGAGGAUUCAUCAUUUGUAUCGUAUGGGAAGUGUUGUCCAUCACGGCUUUUGUAUUGAAUUUAACAGCGAACAGUAGUGACCGAUGGUGGGUCAAUGCAAAGGAUGGCGGAGAGAAGACCUUCGUUCGCGCAGGCCUUUGGCAAGUAUGUUUCAACAUGUAUCGACAUCGAUUUGAUUAUUAUGGAAAGAUCUACCAUGGUUGUUGGUGGUUAUUCUCUCCUGAGAUACGCUUAUUACGACCAUGGAUAUCGAACAAUUGGCUGCGCUGGGUUCAAACAUUAUCAACAUUAUCGUUGAUAACUUCAUUUUUUGCAGUGAUUGCUGCUUUAAUUGUUGCACGCAAUCGAGAAACCUUUAAGUCGACAAAAACUGUCUUGACCGCAGCAGCUUUGCAUGGCUUAGCUGGAAUGUUAAUGUUUGCAACAGUGAUUCUCUUUGGUGUCAAAGGUAAACGACGUGAUUGGAUGAUGAAUUGGCAAUUCAAUUGGUUUGGAUGGAGCUUCUAUCUUGCUAUUAUUGCAUGCAUAUUCCAUUUAGCAACAGCAUUUUUUGCUGGAUAUCAAGGAAUGAAUAAAUAUCUACACGAUACAUUUGAUUACGAAAAAGUGAAUCAAGAAAUUGAUAAACGUGCAACAUUAAGAGAUUCUGCAUUACGUAACCGUACGCCACCAAUAUGUGCUUACGUUCUCCGUCCAAUCUACCGGCCAUCUUGUCUGUCUGAUCUCCGUGAUGUGCACGUGGUAAUCACCGGUGGUUCAAGUGGAAUCGGAAAAGAAUUAGCUAAACAGUUACUGAAUAAGCAUCAAGCACGUGUGACAAUUUUAGCUCGCAAUCAAAAGCGUCUUGACGAAUGUCGACAAGACUUAGCUCCAGAUAACAAUGAACGACUAUUAUGUUUAUCUGUUGAUAUCAGUGGAGCUUAUUCAGCAGUACAGAAAGCAAUUGAACAAGCUUGUCAGUAUCAUGGAAAUCGACCUGUGAGCAUUUUGAUUAAUAAUGCCGGUGUGUUCUUUGCAAGAGCAUUCGAUGAAACUACACCGGAAGAAUUCGAACAGAUGAUUCGUAUCAAUUAUUUGGGUGCUGUGUAUUGUACGAAAGCAUGCUUACCAUACAUGCGUCAACUGGGCUCGGGUCGUAUCGUUCUUGUUUCGUCUCAAGCUGGUCAGCUCGGCGUUUUUGGUUAUACAUCUUAUUGUGCAACAAAAUUUGCUCUGAAAGGUUUUGCUGAAUCAUUACAAAUGGAAUUAGCUCGUGAUAACAUCUACGUCACUGUUGCUUAUCCUCCCGAUACCGAUACGCCGGGAUUAGCUCAAGAGAAUAUAUCGAAACCAAUUGAAACGCAACUGAUUAACGAAACAUCAGGAAUGCUUUCUGCCGAAGAAGUCGCGCAAAAGAUUAUCACAUCAACUCAAAAAGGUUCGUUUUCAUGUUGGUUUGGUAUCAACGGAUUUCUGCUAGAAAGUUUGACAAGUGGAGCUCAACCUAUAACAAGUACAUUAGAAUUAAUCGCUCAAACGUUGACGAUUGGCUUAGCACGCAUGAUUAUCGUCGGAAUAUUGAACACAUUCUACGGAAUAACCAAGAAUAAGAAUUUGAAAAAGACUAAAUAG